CGGCCGCUUGCCGCAUCCCCAGGACCGCGCUGGUGCAGCUCGGGUGCGGGUCUCUGCGGGCGCCACCCGACCUCCGCGGCUUCUCCCGGAAUAUGGCCGACUUGGAGAACCAGGGGCCUGCGGAGCCGAUCCAGGCGGCGGCGGCGGCGGCCGAGGCGGGGGAGGUAAUGGCGGAAGGCGGUGUGCAGGGGGGCGGCUCCGACAGCGCGGCCGGCCGCACAGCCGAGGAGCCCCAGACGCCGGCAGAGAACGAACCAAAGCCUAAAAAUGACUUUAUCGAGAGCCUGCCCAACUCGGUGAAGUGCCGAGUGCUGGCCCUCAAAAAGCUGCAGAAGCGGUGUGAUAAGAUAGAAGCCAAAUUUGAUAAGGAAUUCCAGGCUCUGGAGAAAAAGUAUAAUGACAUCUAUAAGCCCUUACUUGCCAAAAUCCAAGCGCUCACCGGUGAGAUGGAGGGAUGUGCAUGGACCUUAGAGGGGGAGGAGGGGGAGGAGGACGACGAGGAGGACGAGGGGCAGGCGGCUGCUGAGGGUCCCCACGCUGCGGUGCCUGAUGACGCCAAGAAAUAAGCGGGGGGGGCAGGCAGCGAUUAAAAAGAAUGACGACGAAAAAAACACUUCUUUCCCCUGAAUAUCAGUGGACUUAAAAAGGCUCAGGUUUUGGACCAAAAUACAAGACAAAUCAAUUCUGACAUUCCUAAAAAUACGUUAAAUUGAAGCCGUCAGAUACUGGCCAGCCCGUUUCAAAUUUGGUUUCCAUUUUGUACAUAAAUAUAUCAUAAGGUGUUGAAAAAACUGAGUUAAGUUUAAAAUCAUUUUUUCAUGAUCUCUUCUGUGAGGACUGGAACUGAGGCUUAUUAAGGGUGUCAAGUAGAUGGGAAGUAAGAAAUGUCACUUUGAAACCCAUUCAUCACACCAUCAUCACACUACGCACGGAACAGCUAAGCCGAGACUGAACACGUUCUCAACGCUUAACACUUCAACUUCUUUAGUUCUGAAAUUCUCCAGUGCAGAAAAAGAACCCAAGGAAAAUCUCAUCUUUGAGACUUUGCUUUUGUAACCCAGACAUUGGCUUUACACUUCAGAGAAGAGUGAAGGAAUGGAAGAAUCCUGUGAUGGAGAUCAUGACAGUACUGUUAAUGAGGCCUGGAAAACUGCCACUUCCAAUUCUAAAGAACCUUCUGAAUAUUUAUAUGUACAGAAACAAUACGAUUCCAAGAAGGAAAGUGUAUAACCUGUAUAAUAUUGUCAACAUAUGUGUUCAUUAUUUACAGUCUCAUGUUUAUGUGUUUUCUUGGUGGUGUCUAUUUACAAAGGUGUAAAAAAAUUUUUUUAAACCCCAACUGUUUAAGUAUUAAGUCCCUUUAUCUAGCAUUUUAGAAAUAUUAAUUUACUUGAAGAGAUAUAGAAUACAGCAAAUUCUGUAAAGCAUGUAUCCAGUAUUACGUAGUUUGAUCUUUGUGAAGUCCUGUCAUGUAGCUUUUAGAAUGUAGCUGUGACAAUUAUCAGAACUCUUCACUGAAGCUAAUGCUUGGAAAAAAUAUAUACUUGAAGAACCAGUCCAAGUGUGUCUCCCACAUCCCCAGAUCAGAAGUAGAAGGGAUUUAUGUUUGCUUAGUUGUGCCUUCAUUAUUUUGCUACAUAAAUGUGACAUUAAAUAUAAAAUGGUGCAUAAUCAAAUUUUACUGCUUCAGGAUAGACUGGCAUACAGUUAGGGAUUUUAGGAAGGACACAUUUAAUGUAAAGACGCUUAGCUACUUUGUGGGUUUUGAAUUGUAUGUGACCCAGUGACCUAUAAAGAAACACAGAUAAAGUUGUUUACCACUGUAGUGUUAAUAAAACAGUAUUUU